AUGAACAAAUUCAAGAAAAUCAAACUGAAACAUGAUGAAAUUAUCAAUACAGCUACAAAAAGUGAACAGAAACCUCAUCACAUACAACAGGAUAUCUGUGCAACAAGGCCAGCUUACAGACAGGGUCGGAAGCUAACUGCUGUCAAGGUUUACACUAUCAACCAAGAAUCACAACACCUGUUCAUAUAUGGAGUACCAUCUAUCAACCUGCGCACAGAGUUGAAGAAACUUUGUUCAAAAUAUGGUCAAACUUUGUCAAUUUAUGUUGUACCUAAUGUACAGACUGAAAUUUUCACUGAAUGCUAUCAUGUUCAAUAUCAGAGAAUACAAUCUGCAAGGAUAGCAAAGCGACUUCUAGAUACACAUUCAUUUUAUGGUGGUGUCCUACAUGUAUGUUAUGCACCUGAAUGUGAAUCAGAACAGGAGACAAGAGCAAAAUUGUUCCAGAGGAAGCUGGAUGUUUUGAAUAGGUUGCCAAAAAAUGUUGAAGUUAGUUGA